AUGCACAGAGUCGUGCCCUUACCAGCGCGUCAGCUCUGGGGCCAUGCGCCUCGUGUACGGUCGUUAAACCGCUUCAAUCGCCGCCCACGCACAUUUGCGACAGUGUCCGGCGCAGAUCGACCAUACGAUGUAAUAGUAAUCGGCGGCGGCCACGCAGGCUGCGAAGCCUCCGCAGCAGCAGCCCGCUCUGGCGCACGAACGGCCCUUAUCACACCCUCAGUCCACAACCUCGGUGUCUGCUCCUGUAAUCCUUCUUUCGGCGGUAUCGGAAAAGGCACUAUGCUUCGCGAGAUCGAUGCGCUGGAUGGUGUCGUGGGUCGCAUCGUGGACAAAGCGGGUGUGCAAUUCAGGGUACUGAACAGGAAGAAGGGGCCUGCGGUGUGGGGACCCAGAGCACAGAUUGAUAGGUCGUUGUAUAAGAGAUAUAUGAAGGAUGAGAUGCUGGCAUACAAGGGGUUGAGUGUUGUGGAGGGCAGUGUGGCGGAUAUCAUCGUGGACAGGACGCAGGAGGAGGGAUCCAAGGGCCAAUAUGGGAAGAUUACCGGAGUGAGGUUGGAGAGUGGGGAAAUUAUACCAACGGGGAAUGUGGUUAUCACGACUGGCACGUUUCUUGGUGGUGAAAUACACAUUGGGCUUGAGUCAUAUCCGUCGGGUCGUAUGGGCGAAGCUGCGACCUUUGGACUAAGUAAGAGUCUGAAGGAUGCCGGUUUUACAAUGGGAAGAUUGAAGACAGGGACACCACCACGUUUAGACGGGAAGACGAUCGACUACAAAGUUCUGGAAGCACAAGAGGGCGACGACCCACCCAUGCCAUUCAGCUAUAUGAACGAGCGCGUACAGGUUGAGAAGCAACUACUGAAUCACGAGACACGAACGAACGAAGCAACGCACGACGUGAUACGAAACAAUCUCGACAAAUCGAUACACAUCCGCGAAACUGUCAAAGGACCUCGAUACUGCCCUUCAUUAGAGUCGAAGGUGAUACGCUUCGCCGAUAAGACAUCACACAUCGUUUGGCUGGAGCCGGAAGGUUUCGACAGCGAUAUGAUUUACCCCAACGGGAUCUCCUGCACAGUUCCCGCAGACGUACAAAAUACUAUGCUCAAGACUAUCAAGGGACUUGAGAACGUGACCAUGUUGCAGCCUGGUUAUGGUGUAGAAUACGAUUACGUUGACCCAAGACAUCUCCGCUCUACACUCGAGACGAAGAACAUUUCAGGGCUCUUCCUGGCAGGCCAGAUCAACGGUACGACCGGCUACGAAGAAGCAGCAGGCCAGGGUGUGAUCGCUGGUAUCAAUGCCGGCUUGAAGAGUUUAGGGAAGGAAGCCAUGGUCUUGACUAGAGCAGACGGAUACAUCGGUAUCAUGAUCGACGACCUCAUCACAAAAGGCGUCUCGGAACCCUACCGCAUGUUCACCUCCCGCUCCGAAUACCGCAUGUCCGCCCGCGCCGACAAUGCCGACACCCGUCUCACAGCCAUGGGCCGCGCCGCCGGCGUAGUUGGCGAUUCCCGCUGGAAAGCCUUUGAAGACGAAGCUGAACAAAUGGCUACUUUGACACAAAUUAUGCAGUCCAAGACUAUGGGAUGGACAGAUUGGAACAAAGAAGGUUUCUCUGUAAGAAACGACAGCACAAAACGCUCCGCCUACGAUCUCCUCCGUCUACCAAACACUACCCCAUCAAGCCUCGCAAGUCUCCUCCCCGAGAUCAAAGACUUCGCCCAACGCAUAAAAGACCGCGUACAUAUCGAAGCCACAUACGCGCCCUAUGUCGCUUACCAAACCGCCUCACAAGCUCGGUGGCUCAAAGACGAAAACCUCAAGUUGCCGCUUGAUCUUGACUACGAAUCUAUCUUUGGGCUGAGUUUCGAAGAGAAGAGGGCGUUGGAGGUGGCGAGACCGGAAAGCGUGGGUAUGGCGAGACGCGUCGAAGGUGUCACGCCGACGGGUGCGCUGAGGUUGCUGCAGACCAUGGCUCUCGACACAGUUAUCGUGUGCGUCGGCGAAGCAGAUACAGCUGUCAACAUCUCCGUCUACCGCGAUCAUAUGUCCGCUCUCUCGCCGUACUUUCGUAGCGCGUUCGAUGGUUCUUUCAAGGAGGCCACUGAUCGCUUUCUGUCCUUGUCAGAUGUCUCAGAACAAACUUUCCGUAUGUUUCUGCAGUGGGCUUAUACACAGUUCAAUCAGCAGUCAUGUAGCACAUCGGUUCCUGAACCUGUGUCACUCCUCGGGAAAUCAACAACAGAGGCCCCGGACAUAUCCAUCACGGUUCAUGGAGAGCUCAAGACCGCAGAGAGUACGAGAAGCAGCCCAGACACAAAAUGCCAGCCGGCUUGUAUGCCAGCACUCGACGAACCAGGCGUCUAUCACAAGUCAAUGAUGACCAAAGAGAUGAAUAUGUUAUGUUAUGGGAACUCAGAGUGGUUGGAUAAUUAUCAACUGAUGCUCGGUUCUUUCCUCCGCCUUUACAUCUUCGCCGACAAGUAUAACGUGCCUCAACUACGAGACGACGUGUUGACUGCCUUAGUCAUGCAGUCAAUUGCAUGGAAUUGGUUCCCCGAUAUUGAACGAGACCUGCUCACGUUUGCGUACGCAAAUCUGCCACCGUCGUCCAAGUUCAUUCGCUUUUUAGUCCUUACCACAGCUUACGGUUGGCUCUCGAGCCCUGGGAAGAGCUGCGCUACCACACUGCGGACGAUGAAGGAAAUGCAUGAAGACUUUGCCUUCGAUGUCGCCGUUGUGCAGGCCGAGAGAUGUAAGGAUAUGCUGUGGCCGGAAGCAAAGGAGGGUGCCCAGUUUUGGUCAGCGGACGCUAUGCCCCAUUCUUGCGUCUUGCACGAGCAUCUAGUCCACGACAAGGAGCAGUGUCGAAAACGCAUUCGCGACCACUCGCAUAUCUUCGCCGCGCUAAUCGAUACUUGCACACAAAAUGCCUUGGGCAUGACAGAGGAGCGUGACGGGGAAUAG